GACAAAGCUGAUUUCGUCUGCACGUACGCUGACUAACACAAUGGUGGCGAAAGUGCUGUCGGGGACUGAGACGGCCAAGGAAGUACGGAAGGCUCUCGCUCAAGAGGUCCUGGACUUCAAGACGAAGAAUCCCUCGUUCAGACCUAAGCUGGUGAUCGUCCAAGUUGGAGGCCGGGAGGACUCCAAUGUCUACAUAAGGAUGAAAGUCAAGGCGGCAGGUGAAGUCGGCGUCGAAGCCGAGCACGUGAAAUUCCCCCCCACUGUCACUGAGAGCGAGCUGCUGACCGGUGUAGAGAAGCUGAACGCCGAUCCGAGCGUGCACGGAAUCAUCGUUCAACUGCCUCUAGACUGCACGAACAAAAUUGAUGCUGGCAAGAUCACCAACGCGGUGUCACCGCUGAAAGACGUCGACGGAAUCCAUAUUGAGAAUGCCGGGCGCUUGGCCCACGGGGAGCUGGAAGGUUUUUUCCUACCAUGUACCCCCAGGGGCUGUCUAGAGCUCAUCCAAAAAACAGGAAUUGACAUCUCCGGAAAGCAUGCGGUCGUCAUCGGUCGCUCGAAGAUCGUUGGCGCUCCCAUGUCGUGCAUUCUGCGCACUGUCAACGCCACCGUAACCGUCUGCCAUUCCCGGACGAAAGAUGUCGCAUCGUUUACGAGACAGGCCGACAUCAUUGUUGCGGCUGUCGGUGUGGCUCAAAUGGUCAAGAAAGAUUGGGUCAAGCCGGGUGCCGUUGUUAUCGAUUGCGGCAUCAAUUCUAUUCCAGAUCCAUCCACUGCCCGAGGCAGUCGAUUGGUCGGUGACGUUGAUUACGAAGCCGUGAAAGAAGUGGCAUCCUGGAUAACUCCCGUCCCCGGGGGAGUCGGCCCUAUGACGGUUGCCAUGUUGAUUAAGAACACAGUUAUCUCGGCUAAACGGGAAGUCGUCGGUAGCCUCAAGAAUUUCUGAGUUUUCUGAUUGUUCUGGACUCUGGACCGUCAGAAGCCAUGAUGAGCAAGACAAUAAAGUACUCGUCCGUUCUCC